AUGGCCUCAUCCGACGACGUUAUCCCACGGCCAGCCCCCGCCGUAGAGAUGGCGAAUAAGCAGAUUAGAACUCCAAUCCCCAAGCUCGAACCCCGUCGCCGGAGUGCUGCUCCCUCAAACCCCCUCCCUCGCCCAGAGACGCCCGCACUUCCGUCGCCGCCUGAUCUAUCAAACUUGUCGUUUGAGACUCCGUCUCGCAGGAUCCUGUCACCAAAGGACCAUGAGAUCUUCCUCGCCUCGCCGACCUAUGAGCUCAUACUUGCCUUUGUCUUUGGCUUGUCUGAAUCGGUUGUGGAUACUCCUACCUCCGCCGUCAACUUGGAGGAUGUCAACCCCCCUGUCAAAGUCAUCCUGAAUAUUCUCGAUCAUGUCGAAACCCUCUUGAGCCAGUCGCCACCCACAGAACAGGGCGGGUCACGAUUUGGCAACAAAGCGUUCCGAGACUUCCUCGACCUCAUCAAGGCGCAGGCGCCUGAAUGGCACACUGAGCUCGGUAUCGACUUACCCGGCGCCGGAGAGGAAGCUUCUACGUAUCUGUUACAAUCAUUCGGCAACAGGAUGCGUAUAGAUUACGGUUCUGGCCACGAGCUGAACUUCAUAGUCUGGUUGCUAUGCCUAUACCAGCUCCGCAUCCUCGGUCGCGCCGACUUCAGGACGCUUGUGCUCACCGUCUUUGGCAGAUAUCUGGAGGUCAUGCGGCGAGUCCAGUUGACUUAUUACCUUGAGCCAGCAGGUUCCCAUGGCGUAUGGGGUCUUGACGACUACCAGUUCCUCCCUUUCCUUUUCGGCGCAUCGCAACUGCUGCACCAUCCCUUCAUUACUCCCCUCGCCAUUCACCAGCAGCUGACCAUUGAGGAGUUUGCCUCAGACUACCUCUACCUCGGACAAGUCAACUUUGUCAACACGACAAAGACGGUCAAGGGGUUGCGGUGGCACAGCCCCAUGCUUGACGACAUAUCUGCCGCCAAGUCCUGGACGAAAAUCGAGGGAGGCAUGCGCCGCAUGUUUGUCGCCGAGGUGCUCCGUAAGCUGCCCGUGAUGCAGCACUUCCUCUUUGGUUCGCUCGUACCAGCCGAGGAGGGUAUGAGCACCGAGGAGGCCCUCGGCAUCGGGCACGAAGAAGAUGAGUCCGAAGGCGGCGAGCUGACACUUGAUGGGAAACCCAAGCACAAGCAUCAGCACGUCGGUUGGGGUGACUGUUGCGGUAUCAAAGUUCCCAGCAGCGUUGCCGCCGCCGAGGAGAUGAAGAAAAGGGGCUUAGGAGACACGCUGCGCAGGAUACCGUUCGAUUAG